AUGUCGAACCCGGCGGGGUCCCCACCGGCCCCUGGACUUGACGAAGAAAACAGUGUGAUAAACGAGUUGAACAACCUAGCAUUGAAAGAUCGCGACGUGGAGGAGUGGGCGGAGCGGCUGAAGCCCGCCGUCCCGCCCUACGUUCGAUGGGUGGACGAGACGGCAGCCGUGCUCGUGUUCUUCGACCCGCCCGCCGCCAGGGCGGCGCAGCGGGCAGCGGCGGCGUCGUCAGGGCCCACGCUGGGCACGCUGCCCGUGGCUCGGCGACUGAUAGGCGCCGCGCUGUCCAUGAAUCUGCGGGACAAGGGGAAGGAGGAGGCACUGCGGGACGCGGGGCGCGCGAAGCGCGAGGCACGCGUGGCGGAGCAGGCGCGGCGGGCUGCCCUGGACGCCGCCUGGGAGUGA